AUGGGAUCUUCUGUUGCUGCAAUGGGCAUGGUUUCCGACUCCAAAUUCCAUGUUCUUGCUGUUGAUGAUAGCGUUAUCGAUAGGAAAUUGAUUGAAAGACUCCUUAAAACCUCCUCUUACCAAGUCACUACGGUUGAUUCUGGGAGUAAAGCUUUGGAGUUUUUGGGAUAUGACCCUGGAAAUAACUCGAUUCCUUCUGUUUCAUCUAACCAUCAUCAUCAUCAUCAGGAAGUGGAUGUGAAUCUUGUUAUUACUGAUUACUGCAUGCCUGAGAUGACUGGCUAUGAUUUGUUGAAGAAGAUCAAGGGUUCUACAGCUCUGAGAAACAUACCUGUUGUGAUUAUGUCAUCUGAGAAUGUGCCUGCAAGAAUCAAUAGAUGCUUAGAAGAAGGGGCAGAAGAAUUCUUCUUGAAACCUGUCCGACUUUCGGAUGUCAACAGGCUUAGACCCCACAUGUUGAAAACCAAACUCAGAUGUGACAAACCAGAAAGAACAUCAGAAGACCAGCCUGUUCCAGAAAGCCAAUCCCAAGCACUAGAGCAGCCGCGGCAACAACAACAUCAACAGCAUGAACAAGAACAAUCACGACCGCUACUGCGACCGCAGCAGAUCCCAACAUUGCUGCAAGAUCAAGAUCGAAUGCAAUCCGUACCACUCCUGCCAACACCGCCACAGGAGCAAGAACAGUUGCAAUUACUCACGCCAACACCGCCGCAACAAUCCAACAACAACAAGAGGAAGGCAAUGGAAGAUGGACUUUCUCCAGAUAGAACAAGGACUAGAUACAAUGGUAUUACCACCAUGGUGUAGUUAAUAAUGGGCAAACCUUUUUUUUUUUUUUCUUUUUAAAAUUUUAUUUUAUUUUUAUUUCUUCCCAUCUUCAUGCUGGUUAAUACAGGCUUUUCUUAGGAAUGUAGAGAUCAGAAUGGUUUUCCUGUAUACAUAUUUCUCAUGGAAAUAUUCCCUUCCCAAUUUUGUCAAGCUAAUCAAAAUCAUGACAACAAAAAUUAAAAGAAAAAAAAAAAUGAUGAGUUGUAGCUGUAGAUUUCUUUGACAUUUCCCAAUUUCUUGUUUCUAACUUCACUGA